AUGAGCUACGAGCUACUGCUCAAGGAGCCAUUUGGGCCUUUCCGCGAGCAUCACGCGCUCACUCCCGAGACAAGGGGUACUACAGCAAACCGUCCAGUUGCCCUCGACCAGCUCAUCUUGGAGCAGGAUGGGUUCAUUACAGGAUUAUCUGAGUGCGAGCUGGACCAGCAGGUGGAGUUUUCCGACAAGCCUAAGAGCAGAGUCCGUUUUCAGGGUAUCUUGACCAUCCAGUCCUUGGACUGGCUUACUCGGUCUGCAUUUGCUCAUAUUGAAGAGGAACUCCAGAAGCGAGACCUCUCCGCGCGUCGAUCCGCCUCCCGGAGCACCCUCACCCUCGCCUCUGUGUACCGACACCAUGAGAGCAAACUGAAGGUGAUCAUUUAUGGUGUCAAAAAUCUCCCUGCCAAUUAUUUCACUGCAACUCAACAUGUCCCCAAUGGUCUAAUGAUUGUGUCUUCCCAACAUAAGCGAAGAUAUGCUGUGACGUCAAUGCACCCACAGACCUAUGAACUUAGCCGCAAGUAUUUUUCCCGCUGGAGCCUCUUCACGACCCUCCAAGACAUAGUCGCUUUAGAUGCUGGGAACAACACAUACAAUGCAAACAAAACCCCACUCAAAGACCGCACCCCCGACUGGUUCGCCCGUCUGUACAUCAAGCACUUCACCAAUGUGGGUGGGCAGCGCCAACACCGCACCAUCUUCAGCAACUCCGAUUCCGACCUUGAAGACACACCGGAAAGCUUGGUGCCAGGCCGAAAAAUGCGCGGGGGGCGUGAGCACGUGCUCCGGCACGUUCCCUACACGGAGGUCCUUUCGUUCUUCACCGAACAUGUCGAAUGGGUCAUCCGUCAGGAAACAAGACGCAAACGGGACCACCUGUUCGACGUCGACGUGUGGACCCGGUGGCUCCCCGUCGUCAAGAAGUACCGCUGGGAGGCUGCUCGAGAGGGCCGCCGAUGGGGCGUGUGGGUCGGCGACCCGCUUCCGACGGACGAGCCAAUGGAAGAGGACGAGCCCGUGCCACUCGCGCCCGCACGCGCCCGCCCCCGCGCAAAGCGCAAAGCGUCGAAGAAGGCGGACGAGGCCGUCUCCGCGCCGCCCGCCGCGAAACGCAAACGCACCGCCGCGGCGACCUUCACCUUCCGCACCACGCGCGACGGCCUCCCGCAGAGCACGUACGACUCGGACUUCUCCGUCGAGUCCGACGUGCCCCCGUCCUCGCGCGGGUCGACCCCGGAGCCGCCGCACUACACGGACCCGGCGGACCCGGCGCUGCUCGCGCUCCUCCCCUCGUCCUGGUUCCACCCGCCGCAGCCGAACAGGGCGGGCAAGUGGGCGUGCGACGCGCCCGGGUGUCUGUACGUGAUCGACCUGUUCCGGCCGACGGAGGAGAACCUGUCCUCGCCCGAGAUCCCGCACGCGGCGCGCGAGCGGCUGCGAAGCCAGAAGUGGACCUUGAAGAAAGACCAUUCGUGGGUGCUGGACGCGUUUAUCGCCAUGACGAACGCGCACUACCUCGUGCACGCGGAGGAGUGGGGGAUCGUGUUUGUAAAGGAGAAUGGAAGGGUGCGGAUGCGAUGGAAGAACGAGAGGAGCCAUGCAGUUGCGCCUGAGGACCGUCUCCUGCAGCCUCGCAAAGAUAAUCGUCGUCCGCCUCCCCCCGUGAUCAAACGAGAGGAGACGUCUCAACGAUAUGUUAUUCAGUGA